AUGAAUGAAGAUCUUUUGCCUAAUGAUCCUGAAUUUUGGAAUCAAUUAACACCUAUAUAUUGUGACACUGUUCGAAUUAUUGGUAUAUUCAUGUGUAUUGCAGCUGUUAUUGGUAUUAUUUUAAAUGGAGCUCUCGUUUAUAGUUUUAUUCGAUAUAAAGCUCUUCGUACAUCACCUAACAUACAUGUUAUGUUUAUUGCAAUUGUGGGUCUUUUGGCAUCAUGUACUAUUCUUCCAUCGACUGGAACAUCAUCAGUUUAUUGUAGAUGGUUAUAUAAACGUGCUGGAUGUCAAUUGAGUAGUGUCAUUGCAUUUUUCUAUGGAUGUUCAAGUUCUUAUUUACUUUGUGUUGUAAGUCUUAGUCGAUGUUAUAUUAUUAUGCGUCCAUUUGCUGCUAAUCAUGUUACUGGAGUUCGUACUUCAUGUUGUAUUAAUUGGUAUGAUCGACGUCUCACUUACAUAUCAUUUACAUUUUUUCUGUUCCUCUUUGUCUAUUUUAUUCCGUUGGUAAUUCUUGUUGCAACAAAUACUGUCACUUUAAUUGGUUUUAAACAAAUGCGUGAAAAAAUCAAACGUGGUAUACAUACAGUAUUUACACGAAAACGUAUUGAAAUGGAACAACGUAUUGUUAAAAGUAUUAUUAUAACGACAUUAGGUUUUAUUUUCACUUGGACUCCAUAUGCUGUUGCAUUGUUUAUUUCAGCAUUUCGGGGUAAAUAUUAUGCUAUGCCACCAUUAAUUACUUUUAUUAGUGCUUGUUUUGCUAAAUCAUCGGUUAUAUGGACUCCAUUACUUUUUAUUGGUACAUCUACUCAAUUUAAAUUAAGAUUUGUUAAUGUAAAUCGAUUAAAUUAUUGGACAAGAGCCAAUCGUGUAGCGGGUAAAAUUGUACAUACAUUUGCAUUGGUUCGUAAUAACAACAAUUCAAUUACUAUUCGUACACUUCAUACAGUUCCUGACAAAAGAAAACAUCCAACAAUACAGACUAAAAUAUGUUCCACUUAG